UUGAAAGGAAACUUGACAUCACGAUAGUCCGUCAGCAGGCAGUGUCUGUGGCUGUUUUUUCACACUUCACAGUAUUUUAACGUCUUAAUUCUAACGAGGUUAUAUGUUUUCUCACACUAUGAUAUUUAUCCUGCUGUGUGUGUACUGUUUUGCUCUUCAGACGACAGGUGCUGAGAAACACAGUCUGCAGUAUUUGUACACACUGCGUUCAGCACUUGAGGAUGAGCUAGAGUUUGAGAUAACGACAGUGUUUGAUGGUCUCAUCAUCUCUCACUGUAAGAGCCCCCGUUUCAGAGAUCAUUCCACAGAGGACUGGAUCAGUCAGGCCUUCACUAAUGCAGAGUGGAAUAACAGAGAUCUGUUUUGUCAGGAGGAAUUUUUUUCUCAUAAACCCUUCAAGGAAAAAAUUGAAACUGUAAUCAACACAACCAAAGGAAUCAUCCAGAGAGAGAGAAGCUGUACUGAAGAUGAUUCAGUUGUCUAUAUGAGUGACAGCUGGGGGGUCAAUGGUGAAGAUUUUCUAACUCUGGAUCCAAAAACUCUGAAGUGGAGUUCUGACUCUCCUCUGGCGACACCAGUACAAUCAGACUGGAACCAGAUGAAGUUCAUGACUCCAUCUCUGAAGGACUUUAAGCUGAAUCAGUGUAAACCAUCUCUGAUGAAGCUGAAGAAGAAGAAAGAAGAAUAUCUGAAACUAAAUCCACCUCCUGAAGUUUAUAUCUUUGGCAAAUCAUCUCAAGACAGAGACACAGUAUCUCUGAGAUGUUAUGUCAUUCAUAACUAUAUAUCAGGGGUUCGGGUUCGACUGACUCAGAAUGGAAAGGUGCUGAAUAAAAAUGUUCACAUCUCCAGUCCAGUUCCAAAUAUGGACGGAUCAGUUCAGAUUAGACUUGAGACAAAGAUCUGCAUCAAUGAGACUGACCGCUAUCACUGUAUGGUGGACACAGAUAAUCUGCAUAUUACUAAAGGAUGGGAUGGCCGGACAUUGAACAAAAAACCUCUGUACCAAACUCUCGUCUCUGAUGAAUCUAGAAUGCAUGACCCCUCAAAAGUAUGGAUUGCCUUCACUAUUCUGGGUAUUGGGGUCGGAAUGACAUGCAUGGUCAUUCUGGCUGUUGCAGCAAACUCAAUAUGUCUCAUAAAAGUUUAUAAGAUGCUUGAAUAUAUCUAUAUUGAUGGGCACAGUGGUCUGGAGGUGAGGUGUGUUCAGAUGAGCAUAAACGUAUCUUGA